AUGGCAAGAAAAAGAAAACAGGUUGUGGGUCCGGUUGUGCUAGCGUUGCUAGUGCUGUUGUGUGAUGGAACCUUUGCUAAACGUUACGAAGAGAUCGGGAAACAACAUCAGGGUGAUAUCGUGUUGACCGACAUACAAUCUGAUGCAGCUACCGGUGGUGGAACGCAGAUUGUGCAGGAAUCAUUCCGAUGGAUUAAAGGAGUCGUUCCGUAUGAGAUUUCAUCGACAUUCACUGAACCACAAAAGGAGCAGAUCACGUACGCGAUGGGUAGAAUCUCGGCUUACAGCUGUGUGCGAUUUGUUCCCCGCAGUCUGAUGGACAGACAGUUUCUAAACAUUACUGCCAGUCCUACCGGGUGUUGGGCCUCACUCGGUAUGAACUUGAGAUCGAAUGAGCUAAAUCUGCAACCGGAAGGAUGUUUGGAGACGGGCGUCAUCAUGCAUCAGUUGCUGCACGUACUCGGCUUAACUCAUCCACAGUCCCGUCCGGAUCGCGACUUUUACGUACUAGUGCAGGAGGAUGCGGUGGAUUCGACGAUGAAGAACAAUUUGGACAGAUAUCAGCAGGGUGUAAUAGAGGAUUUCGGCAUACCGUAUGACUACGAGAGCAUUCUACACUGUCAGACUGAUGCGUUCGGUUAUGCGGCAUCGAGUCGGCCCACGGUUGUGCCAUUGGUUGACGUCGAAAUUGGCCAGCGAAUCGAGCUAAGUCUAAAGGAUGUGCGAAAACUCAACAAAAUGUACGACUACGAGUAUUGCGGAUUCUGCUAUCGUGGAAAUUGUAACGAGCUUAGAUCCAACAUUGUGUAG